AUUUCUUUUAUAAAUAGCCGAAAUGUCUUUCAAACAUCAUCAUCAACACUACAACUUCUUCUUAACCUCGCAAAAAAUGGCAGUCAAAAACACAGUCUUUUCCAUUCUUUUCGGUCUGGCUAUUUUGGGACUAGCCCAUAUUAACACCAUCAAUGCACUAAGUUCUAACUACUAUGAUCAAACAUGUCCCAAUGUUGAAUCAACCAUUACAAGUGUUGUGAAGAAAGCCAUGAUGAAUGACCGCACGGUCCCAGCUGCACUUCUUAGAAUGCAUUUCCAUGACUGCUUCAUUCGGGGAUGUGAUGGUUCAGUGUUGUUGAAUUCAACUGGGAAGAACAAAGCUGAAAAAGAUGGACCUCCAAACAUAUCUUUACAUGCAUUUUAUGUAAUCGAUAAUGCCAAGAAAGCGGUAGAGGCUUUAUGCCCCAAAACCGUCUCUUGUGCUGAUAUUUUAGCACUUGCAGCAAGGGAUGCAGUCACUUUGUCUGGAGGGCCAACAUGGAAUGUGCCCAAAGGAAGAAAAGACGGAAGAGUUUCAAAAGCAACUGAAACCCGACAGUUACCUGGUCCAACUUUUAAUAUUUCUCAGCUCCAACAAAGUUUUGCUCAGAGAGGUCUUUCUACAAAUGAUUUAGUUGCGCUCUCAGGUGGGCAUACACUCGGAUUUGCUCAUUGCUCAUCCUUUCAGAACAGGUUACACAACUUUGCUUCAAAGCAAAGUGUUGACCCCUCACUUCAAUCGUCAUUUGCAGCUAAAUUGCAGAGAGUUUGCCCUGCAGGAAACACUGUGAAAAAUGCAGGUUCCAAUCUUGACUCGACACCCACAACUUUUGACAACAGAUAUUAUAAGUUGCUUCUUCAAGGCAAGAGUAUUUUCUCAUCUGAUCAAUCGUUGCUCACGUUGGCAAACACCAAAGCAAUGGUCACAAAGUUUGCUAACUCAAAGCAAGAGUUCGAGAAAGCGUUUGUGAAUUCUAUGAUUAAGAUGAGUAGCAUCAAUGGUGGUCAAGAGGUGAGGCUAGAUUGCAGAGUGGUAAACUGAGCCCAAUGUGUUCUUGGUUUAAAUUGUUUGCAUCUUCUGUUUAUUGGAUUUUGUUCCUAAGUUAAAAGAUUCUUGAUUUAGAAGUGCACAAAUGUAUUUGAUUUAUA